CUACAGAAUAACAUCCUGUUCUCUGGAGGGUGUCUGCCAUCUAUUGGCUUGGAGUGGUAGUGCUCGAACUGAGACUGGCGCCAUAUGAAACAGAUGCAGCAGUGGGAUUUGUCUCCCUUCACCGUGACUCCGGCUGCCAGCUUGCUGUCCAGAUGUGUCUCUGCUGGAGCCGUGUCCCAGGAUGAAAUCGACUCGGCCUUCUCUGAGCCGGGCCCCGUCCUCUCACCACACCUGCAGGAGGCUGAAGAGCAGAUCAGAAAGCACAAGCAGCUGUGGGAGGUGCAGCUGCAGUUGGAGCUUUUGAAGGUGGAUGAACAAAGUGCUGACGUCGCUCAUGCCUUCCACCUCAGUCAGAAGAACGAGCAGCUGGAGCUGCUGGGUAAUCACCUCCUGGCCAUCCUGAGGGAACACACGGUUCUGAGGCAGAGACUGAUGAGGCCGCUGGCUAGCACCAGUCUGCCUGUCCAGGCUCACAUGCAUCCCUUCGUGGUGGACUCCGUCCAGCUGAUGAUGGACUUCAUAGAGUGUCUGGAGGAGAAGCUGAGAUGUACCCACAGUCCGACCAGCGCCGCCGACUGUCUCGCCCUGCUGGAUAGCUCCCUGGCUCUCAUGCUGACUCUGGCAGCAGAAUCAGAAACGCUGUUCCGCAGGAUUCAGCAGUGGAGGUCCGUCAGCACCAGCCGCACAGGACCGCCUGAGGCACAGCAUCUGUCUCCUCCCACAGCUGGGCCCCCGGCUUCCUGAGAAAUCCAUUUGGUUUCCCUCGGAUCAAAAUCCCCAGCCUGUAGAAACCAGUCCAGCUUCUUUUUCAUUGAACCGCUCAGCUUCAUGUCUCAGUGAGCUCACAGCUGCCUGCCACAGCCUUUUACAGACUGGACUCAAAAACAUUUAACCAUCACCUGCUGGAACUCACCAAAACAUGAUGUGCUCUUUCACAGGAUAUUGUAACCCAGACUGCAUUAUUUUACAGAUUUCAAUUAAAAACACUUAAGAUUUAA